CACACACACACACACACCGUCACUGCAACAGUUUCUAUACGUUACACUCACUUAUAGAGCGUUGUGCAGCACAUUAAAGUUUUUUUUUGUUAUCAAAGGAUGUUCAAGUUGGUGCUGCUGUUCCUGGCGCUGUCGGGCCUCCAGGCUCUUCCUCUUGCUAGACGGUUGCAGAAGACACCUUCAACCUACCAGCUUCCUGAUGGCUUUCGACAGGGAACCGAACUUUUCGACAUGCGUGAACCAGUUUCUGACUUCAGACAAGGUACCGAACCCUCCAGGAGAUUCAUCGUGGACCUGAACACCGGUCUGCUGCAAGAACACAUGAGCAAGGUGGACAGGAGAGACGCUUUCACCCGUCCUCUAGGAAAAGGAUUAGGAGAGAUGGAGGGAAGUCACCUGCUGGCAAAUGAGGUCCCUGAAGAUGUUCCAGCCCAGAAGAACGUUGGUGGUGCUGGUUGGGUCCGGGUGGAGAAACCCUCUGAUCCUCGUCUCCCAGAUGGUUUCAGACAGGGAACCGAACCCAUGAUGUCUCUUCCAGAUGACUUUAGGCAGGGAACUGAACCCAUGAUGUCUCUUCCAGAUGACUUUAGGCAGGGAACUGAACCCAUGAUGUCUCUUCCAGAUGACUUUAGGCAGGGAACUGAACCUAUUCAUACGGUCCCAGAGAGUUUUAGGGAGGAGAUUCAAUCUAUGAGGUCCAUCCAUGAGGGUCUUAGGCAGGGAACCGAACCUAUUCAUAUGGUCCCAGACGGCUUUGGGCAGGAGAUUCAAUCUAAGAUGUCCAUCCCAGAUGGUUUCAGACAGGGAACUGAACCGAUGAUGUCCAUCCCAGAUGGUUUCAGACAGGGAACUGAACCUAUGAUGUCAAUCCCAGAAGGUUUCAGACAGGGAACUGAACCGAUGAUGUCCAUCCCAGAUGGUUUCAGACAGGGAACUGAACCGAUGAUGUCCAUCCCAGAUGGUUUCAGACAGGGAACCGAACCUAUGAUGUCCAUCCCAGAAGACUUGAGCCAGGGAACAGAACCUAUUCAUACGGCCCCAGAGAGUUUUAGGGAGGAGAUUCAAUCUAUGAUGUCCAUCCAUGAGGGCUUUAGGCAGGAAACUGAACCUAUGAUGUCCAUCCCAGAGGGUUUUAGGCAGGGAACCGAACCUAUGAUGUCAAUCCCAGAAGGUUUUAGACAGGGAACCGAACCUAUGAUGUCAAUCCCAGAAGGUUUUAGACAGGGAACCGAACCUAUGAUGUCAAUCCCAGAAGACUUGAGCCAGGGAACAGAACCUAUUCAUAUGGUCCCAGACGGCUUUGGGCAGGAAAUUAAAUCGAUGAGGUCCAUCCCAGAUGGUUUCAGACAGGGAACCGAACCUAUGAUGUCAAUCCCAGAUGGUUUCAGACAGGGAACCGAACCCAUGAUGUCAAUCCCAGAAGAUUUGAGCCAGGCAACAGAACCUAUUCAUACGGCCCCAGAGAGUUUUAGGGAGGAGAUUAAAUCUAAGAUGUCAAUCCCAGAAGGUUUUAGACAGGGAACCGAACCUAUGAUGUCAAUCCCAGAUGGUUUCAGGCAGGGAACUGAACCUAUUCAAAUGGCCCCAGAGAGUUUUAGGGAGGAGAUUCAAUCUAUGAUGUCAAUCCCAGAUAGUUUUAGGCAGGAAACCGAACCUAUUCAUAUGGUCCCAGACAGCUCUUGGCAGGAAAUGAAAUCUAUGAUGUCCGUCCACGAGGGCUUCAGGCAGGGAACCGAACCUAUGAUGUCCAUGCCAGAAGGCUUUAGGCAGGGAACCGAACCUAUGAUGUCCAUCCCAGAAGGCUUUAGGCAGGGAACCGAACCUUUGAUCCCAGAAGGUUUCAGACAGGGAACCGAACCUUUGAUCCCAGAAGGUUUCAGGCAGGAAACUGAACACUCCACCCCCGAGCUCCAGACAAAGACAGUGGCAUGUAAGGGGGACAUCAUCAAUGGGAACUGUUAUGAGUUCAAUCCCACACCGCUGACCUUCCAAGAUGCUCAGGCCAAAUGCAGAUCUCUUGCCCCAAAUGCUGAGCUUGCAUCUGUAACAACCGGAGAUCUGCAUUCACGCCUGGUUUCUCUCUCGACAAACGGUGGUGAAAACAACCCAGUGUUGACGUGGCUAGGAGGCACGGUCAAGAACCAGAAGGCAUCAUGGGUAGACGGGUCGGACUGGAGUUACAGCGACUGGAUGCCCGGACACCCCAACAUCCACACUGAUAAACCAGUGUGUGUGGAGAUGUUCAAGAUAGAUGAGAGCUGGUGGACGGCGGCUGACUGUGACCUGAAGAGAGCGUCCAUCUGCUCAUACCAGAUCACUGCAUGAAAACCACAAAGAAACAACCGUUUUUAACAAUCUAACAGACAAAUAUGUUUCCAUCGUCUGCAUCUGUUGAAUAAAACAUGGCAUUUUA